AUGUGUUAUAGUGUUUUGAAUGCGUCGGGAGCAAUCGUUCGGUUCGCUGCCGGGAAAAAUGUGCUGUUAACCAUCGAAGGUGGUGGAGGAUUGGAAAGUCGUGAAAGAGACUCAAGCAGGGUACGAAGUAAAGUACUCAGCGAAUAUAAAUGGAGCAAUGAAGAGGGAUAUGCUGGUCGAGUGUUAGCUGUUCAUGGGAAUCUUAUUGCUUACAGACUUUUCAACGAUAGUACCGGUGAAUCUGUUCGUGUUUUAGACAAGGACAGUAGUAAUAGACAUCUUAUUAAGGACUUCAUGUAUCCAACAGCUGAUCUCCAAUGGGCCUCUCACGCACCUCUUUUGGCUGUUUUGGACUGUAAUGCCAACCUUUAUGUUUAUCAUGUCGAUUCCAACUGUGUUGUUACUAAAUACCUAAAUGUAAUGCGUCCUGAAAAUGCCGUUCCCUCUGAUGCUACUCCAAGGCUAAGCUGGUGUCCAUUUAUUCCAGAAUCUGAUGAACCACGUGAGCUCAUACACAUGAUUGCCGUUUACUUCGGCAAUGUUGUGGAACUAAUAACACUAAAUGCUAUUAAAAUAGAACUAGAGAAUGAAGAAGAAGUUAAUAUAGAACGUCUUGAUGGCAUCCCAGAGUCGCUGAUUCGUCUACCUAAAGAAGAUAUGCUUUCGGAUGCCCGGAUGGUAUGCAUGAGUCCAGAUGCAACUGCAGUAGCAGUUGUGCAGGAUUCGUCGUCAUCAGGUGUAAACUGGGGACUUGUGUCUUUUUUCAUAAUAUCACCGGAAGGCGCGCGGUUUGCACAUCGAUGGCAGCCGAGAUCCUCCUGGCCAAUACAUGAUCUUAUUUUUCUCGACAAUACUGAUGUUAAUUCAGAAACGCCUGAACAGUUUUGGAAGUACGCGAUUGUUGCAAUCGAAGGUGGUAGACGUUUGGAAUUGUACGAGAGUGAAAGCUGGCUGUGUAUAGGAAGACUCUGCUUUGAAUCUGUUGAUCUUCUGCCUACGUUCUCCGUUUCAAUGGAUCCCUCAGCUCGCUUUUUAUUUUUAGCUGAUUAUGGUGCAGCGAACGUUUAUUGUGUUGAAAUGAUGUAUACAGAGGGCGUGCCGCGCUUUGCUGCUUGUACUAGGAUUUCUUUCUGUCAUCCGUUGGUUUACAUUGUGCCUUAUUCCAUAAGUGUUGACGACACUUCACGAACGGCAAAUCUCGACAGUUCACUUUCUGAUGAAGAUCCCUCGCUACCACGUAUCAAUGCUUGGUUGAUUGCGCUUUCAGAUCGUUCGUUACAGGAAUUGCAGUUCUUUUUAGACUCAUCAUCUGUAGAAAAUGAUUCUAAGAAAUCCUCGGAUGGGAAAGUGGCAGUUGCCGGUGACCUAAAUAGCUCUAGAAGACUUAGGGAAGAGGACGCCGUUGAAAAAAUUUCUCGUCAGUUGGAAAAGGAAGGUGAAGCAGUUGAAGCAGUAAAUGCUAAGCUUGAAAAAUUAUUGCUUAAUAUGGAGCAACAAACCAGAGAUGCGGAGAGACAGCGCCAAGAUGAAAUGUCGUUGCGGGAUGAACGGCUUUUGUUAAAAUUUGGAUCAAUAAUAUUCGAACAUCGCACAGCUACAGUAGAGGCUAUACAGAACUCAAUUGAUAUGAAAAUGGACAGUUUUAAUAUUGACGAUGAAAAACAGAAAGCAAUAAACGAAGAGCUUUCUAAAAACGUUCGUACAACUAUGAUGUCUGUUGUUGUCCCAGCUCUUGAUUCUGUUUGUACGAGCCUUUUCCAACAGUUAACUGAGACUUUCCGAUCUGGUUUAGAGCAGUUUCUACGUCAGGUCCGCAACGUCCAGCUAGAAACUGUGAAAGCCUCAAGUUCUGUCAUUUCAAGUUCAGCAGGUGUUGAUGGGCCCACUUUGAUUCAGCUGAUUGAAAAUGAUCAGAUUUCAGCUGCCUUUGAAAGGGCAAUAUCUCAAAGUGACCUUUCAUCCUUAAUGUUUGUGUGCAAUAAGGUUGAUCCCGACACUCUAUUCAGAGCGGAACAAGUCCUUUCCCAGAGUGUACUGUUGUGUAUUUUGAAAAAGCUUGGAAGCAAAUUGGAAGGAGAGACGGACCUGAAGUUUAGGUACAUUGAAAAUUCACUGAUGGCUUUGAAUUUAAAGGAGCCAACUACAGCUGCAAAUUACCGGCCAAUCCUUGAAUUUUUACAGGAAGCUUUCUUAGGUGACUAA